CGAAGACUUAAAUAUUUAACUAUUAAUAAACUAAAAUUAUAUUUAGAAUUAAAAAAUAUUAUCAUAUGUUGUUAUGGAUUUACUCAAGAUCCAAAAACAAAAUAUUAUUAUAUAGUAUUAAAAUACGCAAACGGUGGAAUUUUACAACAAUACAUUAAAAAUAAAUUUCCAUUGAGUUGGUUUGAAAGAUUGUCAAUAUUAAAAAAAAUUGUAGAACUACUUCAUAAUAUUCAUAAGACAAAUUACGUAUAUCGUAAUUUACACUCGGGAAAUAUAUUACUUCAAGAAGAUGAUUUGAAUCAUAAGCUAGAAAUAUAUGUUUCUGAUUUGGAUUCAUGUAUCUAUAGUGACUAUAAAAUGAGAAAAGAACUUUAUGUAUAUACUAGUAAUAUUGCUCCUGAGAAUUUGAGAGGAGAAAUAAUUUCUAUCAAAUCAGAUAUUUAUAAUCUCGGUGUUAUAAUGCGGGAAUUAACAUUAGGCAACUAUUAUAACAUUAACAAUCCGCAAUGCUAUCAUGAACUGAUGCAAAAAUGUUUAGAUAAUGAUCCAGAAAAUCGACCCAACACUUUGGAUUUACUUGAAGAACUUCAUAUAUUUACAGCAUCUCCACUUAGAAAACGUCAGUUUGAAGAUGCUGAUAGUAGAGGACUACAACCACUACAAAUAAGUCCUCCACUACAAAAAAAUAAACGACUAAUAAAUCCAUCAUCUGAAUAUUUUAGUAAUCAAUUUAGUAGGGGUGCAGACUAUUCCUUUUUUUAGCUACGUCACUCAUUAAGUCAAUGAAAGGUUGUAACUCGUGACGUAGCUCGAUAUUAUAUAAAUUAUUAACGUUUGACGUAACUUUGUUACGGCAGUUACGUCGGUAAAGUUUAGACUUUUUUAUACCUCUCGAUAAUUCUCUGUCCAAAUAUAGUUUAGAUCACUUUCAACAUUUUUUAAUAUUUGUAAUUUCACUUGUAAUUUUUUAAUUUUAAGGAUCAAAGUAUAAAAUAAAGUAUAAAAUAUAUCUUAUAAUUUAUCUAUAUCUUAUUAUUUAUCUCUCGAGCCCAUUAU